AUGGGGGACGACCACUCCACGCCGCAAUCAAAGCAAAGGCUCUGUGCGCGGCCCUAUUGCGGCCUCUCCGACCCUUCUGUCCGCUCAGUCGAGGCAGGCACGCAGGCUCCUCCUGCCCUGUGCUGCGACUUCUCAAAAGGGUCCAGCCUCCACCUAGGGGCGGGCGUGGCAGGCACGCCGUUUGGGCGAUCGCCAUUGCCCCGAGCGAUCACGACAAAAGAGCCUCCAAGCUCCAGGCUCCAUCACGGGCCCGUCCUGGAGCGGGGAAUAGACCAACAGACGCUCGACUCGCAGCCAUCCAUCUUUAGUCCCGUUCCCGAGGUGGCCAGCCAAGCCCGCAAGGACGAGGGCCCUAGGAGAUUUCGUGUCACCCACCCCCGGACGACAGGGACGCCGAGCGGGAUCCGCGGCAUUGGGGCCCUGGCUGCGUUUCAAAUACGGAGAGAACAAAUGGAAGAAAAUGGUGCUGCCACUGCUGCUGCCACUGCCAGUGCCACUGCCACCAUCCUCCCGAAGCCCGCCGCCCAUCCUUGA